AUGGCCUUUAAAUCAGCAAAAGAAAUUUGGGAUUAUCUGAAGGAAGAAUAUACAGGAGAUGAAAGAAUACGCAUAAAGGUGUUGAAUCUAAUAAGAAAAUUCGAAUUGCAAAAGAUGGAGGAAUCUGAGACCGUCAAAGAGUACUCAGACCGUCUUUUUGGCAUUAUUAACAAGGUAAGAUUGCUUGGCACAAAAUUUAAAGAUUCAAAAAUUGUUGAAAGAAUUCUUGUUACAGUGCCUGAAAGAUACGAUGUAUCAAUAAUUACCUUGGAAAACACAAAAGAUUUAUCCAAGAUUACCUUGGCAGAAUUGUUAAAUACGUUGCAAGCACAAGAGCAAAGAAGGCUUAUGAGGCAGGAUGGUAUGGUUGAAGGAGCUUUGGCAGCCAACCACAAGACUCAAAGCAAGGGUAAUAAUUCAAGAAAAAACUACCCACAUUUCCAGCACUAUGGCAAAAUAGGUCAUCCUCCAUUUAAAUGUUGGAAGAGACCAGAUGCACAAUGCAAGAUUUGCCAUCAACUUGGCCAUGAAGCUAAAAUCAGAAUUGCGAAUGGUAACUAUAUUCCUGUAGAAGGAAAAGGGAAUGUUGCAAUCAAAACAGUUUCAGGUACAAAAAUAAUUUCAAAUGUCCUUUACGUGCCCGAUAUUGACAAAAGUUUGUUAAGUGUUGGCCAGCUAAUGGAAGAAGGAUUUAAACUAUUAUUUGGAGAUAACUAUUGUCGAAUUUUUGAUUCCACUAAUCUUGAGAUUUUACAAAUUGAUAUCAGAGGCAAAAGUUUCUUAUUUAAUCCAACAGAAGAUGCACAUAAGUCAUGCAAGAACAAAGAUGAAUUGGCAGAUUUAUUCAAGAUGUCAAAUUCAGCCGAAGUCGAGACAAUUUCUGAUCCAAGGAGGAGUGUGACAAAACGAUUGGAGGGUAGUGCAUUAGAGUUGAAUGUGGUAUGA